CGCAGCGGCUGGGCGGGCCGGGCUGGGGCGGCCGCUGCGAUGAAAUUCCCGGGCUCCGUCCUCAUCUCCCUCGUCCUCUUCAUGUCCGAGACGGUGGCCGCGCUGUGCCUGAGCGCGGGGUACCGCGACGCGGGGGACCGCAUGUGGCAGACGCUGACGCUGCUCUUCGCCCUCCUGCCCUGCGGGCUGGUGCAGCUCAGCCUGGUCUUCAUCCACCGCGACGUGAGCCGCGACCGCCCGCUGGUGCUGCUGCUGCACCUGCUGCAGCUGGGGCCGCUCGUCAGGUGUGUGGAAGCCUUUUACAUUUACUUCCGUGCUGACAGAGUUGAAGAGCCCUAUGUCAGCAUCACAAAGAAGAGGCAGAUUCCCAAGGAUGGGUACUCAGAAGAAAUUGAGAAGGAAGUGGGACAGGCUGAAGGCAAGCUGUGCACACACAGGUCUGCAUUCAGCAGGGCCUCUGUGAUCCAGGCGUUCCUCGGCUCAGCGCCCCAGCUCACGCUCCAGCUCUACAUCUGUGUCCUGCAGCAGGAGGUCACGGUUGCCAGAAGUAUUUUUAUGGUGCUUUCUCUCCUGUCGAUUGUUUACGGCGCCUUACGCUGCAACAUCCUGGCUAUUAAGAUAAAGUACGACGAUUACGAUGUCCGUGUGAAGCCUGCUGCCUACCUCUGCAUAUUCAUGUGGAGGAGCUUUGAGAUCGCCACACGGGUCACUGUGCUGGUGCUUUUCGGUUCAGUCCUUCGAAUCUGGGUUUUCCUCAUUGUGCUACUGAAUUUCUUAGGUUACUUCUUCUACCCAUGGAUUGUCUUCUGGCUUAGCAAGUCGCCAUUUCCUGAGAACAUAGAGAAGGAAUUGAGCAGGGUGGGCACUACCAUCGUCCUGUGCCUUCUCACGUUCCUGUACGCUGGCAUUAACAUGUUCUGCUGGUCGGCAGCGCAGGUGGAGCUCAGUGACCCUGACUUGAUUAGCAAAUCCCAGAACUGGUACCAGAUGACGGUGUACUACAUCGUGCGGCUGAUGGAGAACGCCUUCCUCCUGCUGAUGUGGUACAUUUACAGAACAGACUUCUACCUGUAUGUCUGUGCCCCAAUGUUGUUCCUGCAGCUCCUGAUAGGUUACUGCAUGGGCAUCUUCUUCAUGUUGGUGUUCUUCCAGUUCUGUCACCCCUGCAAAAAGCUUUUCUCCGCCAGCAUUACUGAAGCUUUGCUGUCCUGUUUCAAGAUCCUCUACUUUAUUUGCCAGCAUCACAAAUCCACUCUACUGAAAGGCAAAGUGGCGAUGAAAUCUCCUGAAAAUACCGAUGAGGCACGGGGCAGUAGCAAGACAAUAGAUUCUCAAAACAGGAGUGUUCAUCAAAGUGUUUCUUCCAAUGCCUAGUACAACUGGAAGCAAGUAGGUGCCUUUGGAAGGUGGCAGAUCACCUGCUGGGAACAUUGUGUAUCUUAGACAUUGUGUCUUGUGGGUAGGAUUUCUUUCUUGCAGGUGUAGCACUGCAUGAUGGCUGACAUGCCUGUUUUUGUGGAGAACAGUGUAUGAGUAUUUGUGUCUGUGUGUGUUUGUGUAUGGAGAGCAAUCGUUGUUUGUAGAUUUCUAUUUCAGAGCCUUUUUGCACAUAGAUUUAUUGUCACAUGCUUAUUUUAAGUCAUUAUUGGAGACGUCAUUCAGAAACUGUCCUGAUGCUCAUCUUACUCAGGAAGUCUAAGGAUGGAAGGCAAUGAAUAUUAUUUCAGAUAGGGUGUCCCAUGGCAUGCCAUCCUAGCAUGGAAACAGAGCUUAGACCUGGACUAUGUUUGGAAUGUAGCUGUGGUCUGUUUUGAUCAAAUUGUAGACUAUUUUACACUCUAAUCAGUGUAAUAAGAUAAUACUUCUCUCAGUGGUAGAAAAAUUGGACUUGCACAAUGCACUGUAGUCUGGGUUGCCAUGAAACAGCCGAUUUGCCAGCACUGACAGGGAAAUGUGACUGUUACUGAGGAUGUAUAAAGAGGGGUUAUUGGCUUUGCACUGUUUCACCCUUCAUGUUUACUGCUUGUUAGUAAGGGAAUUAAAUUUAGCACAUUAAUUGUGAUGUUCUGGAAUAGCUCAUUUUUCUUUCAUUAUCAUUUCUUUAAUACUUUAUGAUGUUCUGGUGUCAGGGUGGUGUUCACUUUAUGUAAACAUCUAGAGGCUGGGCAGACAGUGUGUUCCAGUCAUGUAGGUGCUCUCCAGUGCACAUCUCCAGGGAGUGAUUCACCCCAUCUCAAAAUGUGGUGAUAUGAAUCACUCUCUGGAGACCUGUUACUCAGUGUUAACCAGAUGCCUUCACAAUUAGUUCUGGCUAUCCGUCUUCCUUUUAGAUGGCUGAAGUUAGAGACAUCAGCACUACCCUGAUUGUCAGGAAUUUGGUAGUGCACCGAGUAGGCAGCUCAUUGACUUCUUGUACUGAGAUAGAAGAUGCUCAUUCCUCCUUUUUGAGCUGUGAUUUGUUAUGAUUAGUUUAAUAUCAUUAAUUCAAAACCCUUUGACUUCUUUACCUCAGAAGUAUCACAACGCUGAAGUCUGAAAGAGAAAAUGGAAGUCAUCGACUUUUUGUUCUCAGCAAUACAUCACAAAUAAAAGUGUUUCAGUAUUUUGCAAGUUUCUGAGAAAGCUUUAGCAGAUGAACACCCAAGAAUUUAGUGAAAAUACACAAACCCAUAUUUUCACAAAUUAAGUGAAAGCUUUUUGCACUUUGUUUGCUUAGCACCUUCCUAACAUUUCUUUUGAGUGUUACACAUUACGGCUGCUCAUGGAAACAAAUAAUUGAUGACCCAAAGCAUCUCCCAGUGUCUGAAGCUUAGCCUCCAUUCUGUCAUCAUGCAGGAUGUGAAGCUCUUAAUAGGGAUGACAUCAUCAUAAUUGUUUUAGAAGUGUCUCAAACUCAGGUCUGGGGUCUUUUAUAUUGAAAUAUGUCACCUGAAGUACUGCAAAGACAUAACAUGUUUUUAUUUUUUUCUUUACUACUGUAUAAAUGAAUGUCUUCAUAUUUCAGUUUUAUUACAGAGUUAUGUUUUCAUUUUGCUUAAUAUGUGUCUGUAUAUGGUAUGUAUCUGUAGAUGCCAUUAAAUUAUUGGUGGGUGGUAAUGGGAUUUUUUGGCCUGAUUUUGCUGUGGGAAUAUAACUCAUAUUUGGGGAAGACACAAAACACCUCCAUUCUAAUUUCUCUGAGGAGAAUAGAAUAGGGAAGUGACUCCUUGAAGACACGACUGUGUUUCUCUGUACCUUUGUAUGUAAAAGUACAGCAUAGUAUUUCUCUGUACUUUUCUAGAUGUAAAAGAUUAUUGCUUUUUCUUUUCCAGUAGUGAGUUAAAGGAGCAAGGGAGAGUGUAACCCUUUCUUCCAAAACUGUGGAGUUCAGUCCACAGGCUCAAGUUUUCUGAUGUUCUUAGCCAAAACUGAGUAUGUCUUUAUAGCUGGACACUCAUCAUUAUCAAUAAUCAGGGAAUUACAAUGGCUGCCUAUCUACAGAUGUACCCAGGUCUGAAUUGUAGGUCUUUGGGGGAAAACUUAAAAAGUAACUUCAUGUGUAGAAGUAGUUCAUAUUUCAAGAGAGGGCACAAAGCAGGCUUUGGACACCAUCAGUGGUGGUGCAGUUCUGAUUGUGCCAUUUGGAAACAGUGAAAGCUUCACAAACCUCAGCCAGGUUGGUGCUACAGUGAAAUGUUGAAGUGAAAUAUAGGAGAGUUAUAGAGCCAGGAGCUCAGAAUGAAUACACCGAGUGAGUACCAUUAAACCUCACAGACUACUGUAUAUGCAUAUUUAGAGUGUGUGCCAUAUUACUUCUUAUUUUUAUACCAGUCUCCUGAAGUGCAUGCAUAGGGGGCUGAAUAUUUAAAUCACUGUAAUGAGAGGGGUAAAAAAUAAUUUAUAUGGGUUCUCUUACUGUCCUAUGAUUUUGCCUUAGCUGUGCAGAAUAACCAAAUACAGUUCCAGCACUCCACCAGCACGAGGGGCUGUUGCCUGUGCAGUGCCUGGUGUCUCCACAGCCCGGGUGGUUUGUCCAGCUGUGCUGCCACUGCUGGUAGUGGAGGGGAGUCACAGACACAACGACAAUGUGUUGGUCCAGGAUUUUGAGGGAGCAGCUGAUUUUUCUGAAGUGUGCUGUAAAGCUGGGAGAGGCCGUUUUUCUCCAGAUAAUUACUGUCAGGGGGUUUUGUUAUCGGUACACCCAGUGGCUGCAUGGAGAGGACAGUAUGAGCUACAAAGUCUGUCUGUGUAUGAGUGAGUGAUCUCUUGCUGCGAGUUCACUGUGCUUUUACUCUCCUCUAUGAAUGUUAGAGGGGCCUGUGUGUUCCAUGGAAGGGUUUAGGGCUACUGCUGAAAACUGUACUCUUUUGAGUAAUCUUGAGUCACACAAAGGAUGGCUCAGCAAGGAUUAUUUGUGUAUUAUAAGAGUAUGCAAGAUCUGACAUAUGGGUUUUCCUUUUAUACUUGUAAAACAACACAAAUUAAAACAUUGAAACUAUCCCUCAAGUUGUGCUGGUGUCAGUUCUUAGUGUGCUGCUUUCAAGAAGUUCAAAGUAAAGGUAACAGAGCACACUGUCAUCUGUCACCACACAGCAGCAGAAAUGUUUUCAAGAAGACCUGACAGAGGAAUUAAUCUGUGAUUAAUUAUAUUAGUAAUUUACCCCCACAUUUCCACUGCUGUUUAGCAGAACAUUUUGUAAGAGGAGGGCAGUUUAAGAGACCAGUGUUGUAUGGAACAAUAUUAGUAUAUGUUAUUCAUUGUCAGUGUGAGAAUAUUUACUGGUUUACAUUGAGAACUGGGAGGAAAUUGUUACCUUAUAAAGAAUAUUUUGACUUCUUUUCUGCACACUUGUUUUGCAUUUGUCUGGAUUUACUGUAUACAUACUUACUGACCCUGGGAUUAUCCAGCAAAAUCAGUGCUGAGAAUUCUUGUGGAGGGAUAGGAAUGCACAAAAGCUUUGCAACACAAGUAAGUGUUUCUAAAUUUAAAUAGAUAAAAUAGACACAUAUUUUUUAAAUAUGGGAAUAAAUAGAUAUGUUGCAACAAGUUGUAAUGUGUGUACAUCGCUUACAUGAGCAUUGAGAAAAGAUUUUGGAAGUCCUGGUGGUGAUUGACAGUACUGUCAAGAUCUGCACUCCCUACAACAUAGAACUGGUGAAUCUUUGAGACUGGUAAAUUGUAAUUUUAAUUUUAAUAUUUUUUUUGUUUUCAUUUCUAAGCAGUUGCUUUAUUUUUUCCCCAUAGUAGCUGAUAAUUAACCCAAAACAAUGAACCACUUUUGAUAACUUUUAACCUAUUUGAAGGCCUUAUGUAGCAAAGGAAACAGGGGUUUGAACUCAGAUGUUUGCAGGCCAGACAUCAUAGUGCUCACAAUCUUGUAUUUUAAAAUGAAGUUGUGGUGAGUGCAGCUCACUCAGGAAUCAUCACAGAAACAUGAACAUGCAGAAAUAUGGCAGACAUGGUAAGUCAGAUUUUACCAGAGACAGAAGACUUGAAAAGUAAAGUGUAUUAAAGAUUUUGUAGUUUCCUACUGACCAAGAAAAAAAUGUAUAAUACAACUGUUAAGUCUUGGAGUCACCCCAAAACUAGACUCAGAAUGAAAGGUAUGAAAUGACAGUAUGAAAUCUUACAAAUCUCUGCCUUGAAUGAACAACUUCAUAUCCUGGAAAAAAGGGAGUUUUAUCCUUUUUUUCUUUUUUUUUCCUAUUGCAUGCAAGGAAAUUACAUACAAAUACAUACAAAGAAAGCCUCUUGCCACUGAAA